AUCUUCCACCUUACCUGUAUUCAUCCAUGGAGGGAGAAGCUUCUUGGUUGCUACACUCUCUUCAAUCCUCCUUCUCUUUCCUUUUCUUCUCUUUUACCAUCAUUUUCAUUUUUCUCUCUCUUCUACUCCUCCUUCUCAGGGUUCGACCCUGGUGCAACUGCGACGUAUGCCAUACCUUCCUAACAUCGAGCUGGACGAGCCAGUUCGGUAAUUUAUGUGAUUGGUAUACACACCUACUCCGAAAAUCUCCUACGAAGACUAUCCAUAUACAUAUACUCGGAAAUACUGUCACAGCCAGUCCAGAGAACGUUGAGCACAUACUCAAGACGGGGUUCGAGAACUACCCGAAAGGGAAGGCCUUCUCGACGAUCCUCAAAGACCUCCUUGGCAACGGUAUUUUCAAUGUCGACGGUGAUCCAUGGAGGUUCCAGAGGAAGAUGGCGAGCUUAGAGCUUGGGAGUGUGUCUGUUAGGUCUUAUGCCUUUCAGAUUGUCAGCAACGAGAUCAGCAACCGACUCCUUCCCCUUUUGGCAUCUGUUGCCGAUAGAGACGGCGUUGUCUUGGAUUUGCAGGAUGUUUUCCGAAGGUUUGCGUUUGACAACAUAUGCAAAAUCUCGUUUGGGCUUGAUCCUGGGUGUCUGGAGCUCUCACUUCCCAUGUCGGAGUUUGCUGUGGCCUUCGACCUCGCUUCGAGGUUAUCGGCAAGGCGGGCUACUAUGGCGUCUCCGAUUAUUUGGAAAAUCAAGCGGCUGUUGAACUUGGGCUCUGAGAAGAAGCUCAAGGAAGCCGUGACAUUGGUCAAUACGUUCGCGAAGGAAAUUAUUAGACAGAGGAGGAAGAUGGGAUAUUUAGGCCAGCAUGACCUUCUCUCUAGAUUCAUGGCUACCGAAAGCGAUGAUAACUACCUAAGAGAUAUAGUCAUCAGCUUCCUUCUAGCCGGCCGCGACACGGUAGCAUCUGGUCUUACCAGCUUCUUUUGGUUGCUGUCUAAACACCCCGACAUUGAAAGUAAGGUUCGAGAUGAAAUAGCUCAGACCAAGUUGAAAGAUGAAGAAGUCCCAAUCUUUGAGCAGCUAAAAGAGAUGCACUACCUCCAUGCUGCUUUAUAUGAGAGCAUGAGAUUAUACCCACCAGUGCAAUUCGACUCUAAGUAUGCUGUCGACGACGACGUUCUCCCAGACGGCACCUUUGUGGCUAAGGGAACUAGGGUUACAUACCAUCCAUAUGCAAUGGGGAGGAUGGAAGAGGUGUGGGGAAGCGAUUGCCUCGAGUUCAACCCGGAGCGGUGGUUGAAGAAUGGAAUCUUCACUCCAGCUAGCCCAUUCAAGUACCCGGUCUUCCAGGCAGGCCUGCGGGUUUGCCUAGGGAAGGAGAUGGCGAUCAUGGAGAUGAAGAGCGUCGCAGUUGCUGUCGUUCGCAUGUUCAAGAUUGAUGUGUCCGACCCGUAUUACAGGCCCAAGUUCGCACCUGGGCUUACUGCUUCAUUGAGUGGGGGUCUACCUGUUAGGGUUCACCGAGUGAGAUCUUAGCAUUUCCUGAACUUGGUAUACUUCAUAUGUAUGUAAGCUUGAUACAUGUAAAGAACAUAGAUAUUUCGAUUGAAAGCAAAGGGAUUCUGAUACCAUAAAAACUGUAGGGAUUACAAGAUAUGGAUCACAUGAAGUAUACCAUGCCAUCUGAUCAGAUGGCUCACAUGGACUUUCCAUGGGAUUUCCCAGCAAUUUAUAUAAGUGUAUGUCAGUGGAUUACCAUCUUUGUACAUAAAAUACUGGUUAUUGUUCUGUUGGGAUCUUUGGAAUAAUGUGUAUAGAUGCAGCCAAGUAGCUUUUGUAAUAGUAAAGAAUAAUGUUUUAUCACA